GAUGAGAUUGAGCGCUGCCUCAAGAGUGGCCCAGGCGGGCCGGCGGCGGUAAACAGUAGGAGAUCGGCGCCCGGCCCCUGCCGUAGGGGGUGGGUGGAUAUCCAGGAUGCACAAGGAUUCGGGGGUGGUUCGGGAUUUCGGGUCUACUACUAUCUCCUGCUGUUAUCCCACCCUUUUUCUCACAUUUUGUUCCCUUCCGUCUUCUCGGUCACACGAUAUCCAAUCCUCAUGGAGAUCACUCACAAAUCAUCAAGCUUGGAAGCGCGGGACAGGGAAAUCCAACCCAUGGAUGAAGAUGUUCCUCCAAAAGAAGGAACCGCAUUGGAUGAUAAUGACAUGCACCGAAUGGGGAAGGUCCAAGAGUUCAAGAGAAAUUUACGACCUCUGGCUGCAUUGAGUUUUGCUUCAGUCCUGCAAGCAACCUGGGAGUUCAUCCUGAUCUCGAACUAUCAAGGCUUGCAGAAUGGCGGCCUACCUGGCAUGUUCUGGUCUUAUAUCUGGACCUUUAUUGGAUUUGGGUUUAUUAUCGCCUCACUCUCCGAGAUGGCGUCGAUGGCACCAACAUCUGGUGGACAAUAUCAUUGGGUCUCGGAGUUUUCUUCUCCUCGAUACCAAAAGUUCCUCAGUUAUAUUACAGGCUGGAUGUCGGUAUUGGCCUGGCAAGCUGGGUCAGCCUCUGGCUCUUUCCUCACUGGAACAAUCAUUCAGGGAUUGAUCAGCGUCCGAGAUCCGCAUUAUGUUCCAGAAAACUGGCAAGGCACUUUAUUUGUCUUUGCGAUGGUUUUAGUGAUCUACAUUGUUAAUGUCUACGCGUCCGAUUUGAUGCCAGUGAUGAAUAAUCUCUUGAUGCUUCUUCAUAUUCUGUCCUGGGCAGUCAUUAUAAUAGUCCUGUGGGCUAUGGCCCCUCAUCAAUCCGCCAAGGCUGUGUUUGUCACACAGUGGGAAAACUUUGGAGGCUGGUCCACUAUGGGAUUGAGUGUGAUGAUCGGACAAAUAUCAGCCAUCUACGGCUCCCUGAGCUCUGAUGCAACUGCACACAUGUCCGAAGAGGUGACAGAUGCUGGACGAAACGUGCCUCUCGCCAUUGCCUGGGGCUACUUUAGCAAUGGUAUAAUGGCUACCGUUUUGCUGAUUACUUACCUCUUCGCUACUCCAUCGGUGAAAGACUCCCUUGACGACGACAGCGGAUUCCCAUUUAUCUACGUCUUUAAACAAGCAACCUCAGUAUCAGGAGUCAACGGGCUAACGGCGAUUAUCCUCUUACCGGUUAUCUUCAGCAACAUUCUCUUCAACGCCUCUACCUCCCGCCAAACUUUCGCCUUUGCGCGUGACAAGGGCCUGCCAUUUUCUCGAUGGAUUGGUAAAGUUGAUGCAAAGCGCAAAAUCCCCACGAAUGCCAUCGCCCUGUCCUGCAUAAUCAGCUGUGCGUUGUCUCUCAUCAAUAUCGGAUCCACGACUGCAUUCAAUGCCAUUAUCUCUCUAAAUGUGGCUGCGCUUAUGUACACAUAUAUUAUCUCAAUCAGCUGUGUUAUCUACCGGAAGAUUUGGCAUCCUGAUACCCUCCCACCUCGUCGAUGGGAUAUGGGACGAUGGGGAUUGGCUGUGAACAUCAUCGGGCUGAUAUAUUGCUACUUCGCGCUGUUCUGGUCACUGUGGCCAAGCAAUAUCCCGGUGACGCUGGACAACUUUAACUGGAGUGUGGUUAUAUUUGGGGGCGUCUUCAUCAUCAGUCUGGUGAUGUACGUGAUCAAGGGACGCAAGGAUUAUGCUGGGCCGGCAGUGAUUGUCCAGUGGUGA